AUGACGAACGGCGGAGAGGGGGGGCGGAGUGAAUGCUGCGCGCCAAUUGACGGGCAGCGUCGAUUGACGAGCAGCAGCUUGUCGGGCGGCGCGCCGAAGACUGACGGAUUUCUCGAUCAGGUGAGGGGCGAGAGUGACGAGGAGCGCGUGGGGGGUGAGGGCAGAGGGGGCAUCUCCUCUCCUCUCCUCUCCUCUCCUCUCCUCUCCUCUCCUCUCCUCUCCUCUCACUGCCUCUCCUCUCACUGCCUCUCCUCCCCGCACCCAUCCUUUCCUCCCCGCUUUCAUCCCCGCUCCCAUCCUUUCAUCCCCGCUCCCAUCCUUUCCUCCCCGCUCCCAUCCUUUCAUCCCCGCUCCCAUCCUUUCCUCCCCGCUCCCAUCCUUUCCUCCCCGCUCUCGUCCUUUCCUCCCCGCUCUCGUCCUUUCCUCCCUGCUCUCGUCCUUUCCUCCCCGCUCUCGUCCUUUCCUCCCCGCUCUCGUCCUUUCCUCUCCCCUCUCAUCCUUCACCAUAGCGCUCUCACCCUAAGCCCUCCCUCAGCUCAUUCCAGCUCCUCCCGUCCCUGUCCCCCUUCUUCCCCUCAUGUCCCCCGCUCCUUCCCCCCUUUUUCCCCCUCCAUGCCCUCAUUCCCAUUCCUCCUUCCCCUCAUUUCACCCUUUUCUUCCCCAUUUCCCCACUGCUUCCCUUUGAUUUCCCCGCUCCCCCCUUCCGCCACCUGCUUCUGCAGCGUGGUCACCGCCACGGAACCGCCAUCUGCACGUUUGACGAGGUGCGCGAGAUGCGCCCAUUCAUGCGCCAUCCCUCCGAGCCCUGCCUCGCCGCCCUCCGGUAGUGCUUCCCUUCCCCCCACUUCCCAUCCCCCCUUUUUCCCGUCCCCCCAUUUCCCUUCCCCCCGUUUCCCUUACCCCCAUUUCCCUCUCCCCCAUUUCCCUUCCCCUCAUUACCCUUCCCCCAUUUCCCUUCCCCCUGCUUCCCUUAUCUCCGCUAUUGCUCUGCCACUCUCCUCUUUUCCCCGCGUCCUCGGCUAA